GCCUAUCUUAUGGUUCAAAAUGAUUUCGCUGAUUCGAGUCGUCUGGUUAUGGCUAAAACGGGUGUUCCCCAUCAAAAUCAACAACAUACGUCACUUUUCCUUAAAUGAAGGCCCCACUGGAGACUGCUUUUGGCUACUGGAUGUAUUCCUACUUCUGGCAGGAGUCCGCAGUCAUGCUACAUCCAGAUGGGCUACCGAGGGCUUCAUUCGUUACUCCAUCAAUGUGUUCCAUUCCAUGAAACUAUCCGGAAUCUUCGUUGCGGGAGCGAAAGUGACGUUGGUGGCGUAUUUCGGAACAUCAAUAGGACAUGUGAGAAAUUUAAUCACUGGCAACAGCAUCAACUCCGGUGACGAGGCAUACGAUGAACUAGAAUAUGCAAAGUUCAAAAAAUUGGCACGCAAAAUGAUGCUUGUGGUGUACACGGUACUAAUUGUGGAUGCAUUCCUAAUGUUCAUACCGUGUGCCGCAACGCAAGAACUGUUCACUUUACCACCACCGCUCUCCAGGGCAGGACCAGCUUUGUCGCCAGUGUUGUACACUUGCGCAGCACAACUGCUGUUUCUAGGUGCUGUUCCGAAGUUUUUCUCCAAUUUGGCUUGCAUAGGAACGCUCAUCAUUGGGAUGCGUUCAAAGCUCCAGGUCUUGGUACAUCGCUGGGAUCGUAUUUUGAACCACCCACUGGAAAGCCCUCGGUUGUAUUUCGAGCGUAUGGACCGGGAGUUGAGAAUUGUACUGGAUCAACAGAUGGAGUAUUGGAAGCAGUUACAAAUCCUAAAGGGCUUAGUGGAGAAAUCGUUCUUUAUAGUCCACUACUACUCGCUGUACAGCAUUGGUUCGUGCUUCUUCGUGGCUCGGGAAUUGGGAAUAAACGUUUUGACUGGAGUCAUCUACGCAUCUGCAUUUGCUUAUCUGAUGCAGCACUACCUUUGGUGCCAUCUUGUGGAUUCGCUUCAGGAUGUUGCCAACACCAUCGGAGAUGAGAUUUACGUUCACUGCGCACAGAUGCCUUACAGUCGGAAGUAUCAUAAACAGUAUGUGCAAAUGAAAACCUCAUUGAUUAUCGUGUGGUACAACACCAUCAACGGCAUGUCCAUGCAGUGUAUGGGAAUGAUCAACAUUUCAACCGCUACUUUCGGUGAUUUAAUCAAUAUUAUUUAUUCCGUUUUGACGUUUCUAAUUAAUAUGGCCUAAGUAUGACA